AUGUCAGCUCAAGAGAAAGCUCCAUUUAAACCUAAAGCUGUGAUAUUUGAUAUGGGAGGUGUUAUUUUACCAACUCCUGCUAUAGCAUUUAAAGCAUUUGAAAGUAACCACAAUCUACCAAAAGGAACUAUUGUAAAACUAAUAGUAAAAGGUGGUGAUAAUAACGCCUGGUUACAAUUUGAAGAAGGCAAAUUAAACUUUGAUGAAUUCACUGAAGCCUUUGGUAAAGAAUGUUCAAAAGAGGUUGGACGUGAAAUAGAUGCUAGUGAUUUAGCUAAGGCAUUAACAGAUAUAUCGUAUGUUAAACCAUAUGAGAACAUGUUAGAUGCUAUAAGAUGUAUUAGAGCAGAAGGUGUUAAGACAGCCUUGCUCACCAAUAACUGGUUCACCAAUAGUACCAAAACACAGAGUCUGGUUCCAUUGGAUAAAUCAUUGUUUAAUGUGAUAGUAGAAUCAUGUAGAGAAGGAAUAAGAAAACCAGAUUCUAGAAUAUUUCAGACAUGUUUAGAGAGACUACAAGUUAAACCACAAGAAGCGGUAUUUCUAGAUGAUAUAGGUCAGAAUGUAAAGGCUGCUAGACAACUUGGUAUUAAUACUAUAAAGGUUGAAAAUGUUGAACAAGCUAUAGAAGAUUUAGAAAGUUUAACAGGUUAUGAUUUAAGUAGUUAUAUAGAGGGUACUGAAACUAUACCAAAACAUUUACAAAUACCUGUAGAUAGACUAGUACAAUAUUUACGAACAAAUCUACAGCUCUCUUCUAAAGAAAAACCAAUAAUAAGAUGUUUUAAACAUGGUCAAUCCAACCCAACAUAUUACGUUAAAUAUGGUGACUCAGAAUUGGUUCUUAGAAAAAAACCUCCUGGUAAACUAUUACCCUCAGCUCAUGCUGUAGAUAGAGAAUAUCUAGUAAUGAAAGCUCUAGGUCGACAUGAUGUACCAGUACCAGAAAUGUUGUCUUUCUGUGAUGAUGAAAGUGUUAUAGGAACACCAUUCUACCUAAUGAAGUAUAUUUCUGGAGACAUAUAUAAAGAUCAUCUACUGACAGACCUAGAACCUAGUAAAAGAUCCCAGUACUACAAAAAUAUGAUCAAUGUAUUGUGUAGAAUUCAUAAAGCAGGGAUAGAUGAAGCAGGUUUAACAUCUUAUGGAAAAUCAGGCCAAUAUGUAGAGCGUAAUUUCAAACGAUGGUCAAAACAAUAUGAAGCCAGUAAAACACAUGAUAUACCAGCAAUGGAUAAAUUGAUGAAAUGGAUAGGGGAGAAUUUACCAAAAAAAGAACUAGUAACAGUUGUACAUGGUGAUUUCAGGUUAGAUAACCUAGUAUUUGCUAAAGGUUCAGCUGAUGUAUUAGCUGUAUUAGAUUGGGAAUUAUCUACCAUAGGAGAUCCUAUAACAGAUUUAUCAACAUGCUGUCUUGGCUAUUAUUUACCACCAGGUUUUCCUAUGAUUCCAAGUAUGGCUAAUAUAGAUUUCAAGACACAUGGUAUACCAUCCAUGGAACAGAUUGUAGAACAGUAUUGUGAAGAGAUGAAUAUUCCACCAAUAGACAACUGGCAUUUCUAUCAAGCUUUUACCUGCUUUAGAUUUGCUGCUAUUGUUCAAGGUGUAUAUAAAAGAGCUAUGUCAGGUCAAGGUAGUUCACCAGAAAGUAAAUUUAUUGGUACUUUUGCUGAGAAGUUGGCGACUAGAGGCUUUGAAAUUGCUACACAAAAGUCACCUUCAAACUCUGGAGCUAGUUCAAGGGGAACAACUCAAACUAGACAAUAUUCUACAACCAAUAGUAAAUCUGUGAUGUCAUAUAUAAGCAGACCAAUGUCUACUAAUUCACAUUCUCACUCUGCUGCUCAAAUGCCAAUCAAUGUUACUGGUUUAUCAUCAAGAGUUCAAGAUUUACACAGUAAAGUUAAAGAGUUUAUAGAUAAGAAAGUCAUCCCACUGGAACCAGAUUAUUUAGCUCAUACACAAUCUCAACAGAAAUGGCAAGUCUGGUCAAAAAUGGAAGGGUUAAAGGCUGAGGCUAAAGCUGCAGGACUGUGGAAUUUAUUUCUACCUAAAGAAUCUGAUCCUGAUAUAAAAUAUGGAGCUGGAUUGACCAAUGUGGAAUAUGCCUUUCUUUGUGAACAGAUGGGUAGAUGUCAGCUUGCACCAGAGGUGUUUAACUGUAGUGCCCCUGAUACUGGUAAUAUAGAAGUAUUAGUGAAAUAUGGUACGGAACAACAGAAACAACAAUGGUUAAACCCUUUAUUAGAGGGAAAGAUUAGAUCUUGUUUUGGAAUGACAGAACCACAGGUAGCCUCAUCAGAUGCUACUAACAUUGAAGCUUCUAUUAGAAAAGAUGGCAAUAGUUAUAUUAUUAAUGGACAUAAAUGGUGGACAUCAGGAGCUAAUGAUCCAAGGUGUAAAUUGUGUAUAUUUAUGGGUAAAACUGAUUUGGGAUUAGCUAAACAUAAACAACAGAGUAUGAUUAUAGUACCAAUGGAUGCUCCUGGUGUUAAAAUUCUUCGUCCAUUAUUAGUAUUUGGUUAUGAUGAUGCACCACAUGGUCAUGCAGAAGUUAUGUUUGAAAAUGUACGAGUACCAGCUGAUAAUAUAUUAUUGGGUGAAGGUCGUGGAUUUGAAAUAGCUCAAGGUCGUCUGGGUCCUGGUAGAAUUCAUCAUUGUAUGAGAUUAAUAGGACAUGCUGAACGAGCCUUAGAUUUGAUGGUUGCUAGGACAAAGACAAGGAUCGCAUUUGGUAAACCCCUAGCAGCUCAGGGCACUAUACAGUCUGAUGUAGCUAAAUCCAGAAUGGAAAUAGAACAAGCCAGAUUAUUAGUUUUAAAAGCUGCUCAUAUGAUGGAUGUUUAUGGUAAUAAGGUGGCUGCUCCUGAAAUUGCUAUGAUUAAAGUAGCUGUACCUAAUAUGGCACAGACUGUUAUAGAUAGGGCAAUACAGGCGCAUGGUGGAGCUGGUGUCAACUCUGAUUUUCCUCUAGCAUCAUUUUUUACCUGGGCUCGUGUGUUAAGACUAGCAGAUGGUCCUGAUGAAGUACAUCUUAGAUCCAUUGCUAAAAUGGAAUACGCAAAAUCUGUGAAUUCUAAAUUAUAA